UGAUGUCGUUUGUCAGGAAGAUUCGUAUCAGAUUUGUUUACCCUGAUGUAUAUGUGCUUGUUACAUAAGGCUGAACGCGUUGGAGGUCUGGUAGAUAAACAAGUGUUAGAUUAAUGACAAUGACCCCCAGGGAUUCCCUUCCCUCACAGACCUCGCCAAGAUCUGGUCUAACAACUCACAGAUCUACAUUAUUAUCUUCCAGUGCUACCACCAAUAGGGAUGGUCUAACCAGCAGAGAACAAACGGGACUAACUGUGAAGUCUCCGAGUCGAACAAACCACAAGUUUCAAUGUUCUGGUUGCACGGGUAUACAAAGAGAAGUCAUGGACAGAAACACAAAAAUGCAUAAAAGAGAACAGAUGUCGUCACGACGCACCAAGAAACUCCUCAGUGUAGCCAAAAUUCAGCUGGAACGACAGCUUAAAACUCUGAACAAACACUAUUUGAGGGAGAGCAGAGAAAUAGAGAGAGAAACCACGUUCAUUGAAGAUAAAGUUAAAAGGAUGGAAGAUAACCAAGUUUCAAGAUUGCCACCGGAAACGCCGCACAGAAAAUCUCCAGAACUUCCGGUUUUGCCUAGACCCCGAUUCCUUGGCUGUUCAACCCCCUCCAAGAGUGAUUUAUCGCUGGGAGGGCGUGGCGAGUGUCUAUACUGUAACGACAGCAGGUGUCAUUACUUCCCGUGUUAUCUUCCAGUAACUUAUCACGCAAUUGGAAUCAAUGAAAGAGAGAAGAGCUUCUCGGUGUUAAGAAAUUAUGAUACAUUGUUGAGUCGGUGCUCAAAAGUGCGUCCACCUAGCAGAAAAUCUAUGUUUGACGAACAAAAUGAGCUUCCAAAGUUAUCGUUACCACACGCCAGAAUUUCUAUACAUGAUAGAGAACGGGGUUUACAACAGCUGGUGAAAGAAAUGAAAGACAGGAACCGGAAGUUGAAGCCACGUGACUGGGCUACGAAUUAUGGAGAACCACUUCCUCGAAGAAUAGUGCUAAAACCAGUCACUCACGUAUCAGAGUCUUUGCUGGAAAUCAACUGAGUCAAUAUUACAUAGAAUAGUAUCAUUUGUUUAAUUUAGAUAAGAAGUACUCUUUAGUAUAUACUUGAAUAUCAAUCUCUUCACAUUUUGUCCACUUCAUUAGAGUCCACGAUCUUAAAAAUAAAAUUUGUACAAUCUA